CGCGGCACUCGGGAGCAGGACCCGAGCCAGCCCGGCCUGCCUCUGGGCUGAACCUGCGCGCUCGGGCGGCCGGUGGGCGGGGCGUGUCUCGUGACGUCACAUUCGCUCUCGGGUCUCCGCCCCUUUCCCGUCGGCCGAAUAUAAGGCUUCGGCGAGCGUUCGCACUCGCACAAGUGGAGUGGGGAGUCGGGCGCGGGUUGGAGGCAGAGGCGAAGGCUCGAGGGCUAGGGCCGGCUGGGACGUGUGUCCGCGCCUCGGAGGUGGCAGCAGGCGGUGCCAGGCGCCGCGGAGACGAUGGAACUCUUGCGGACUAUCACCUACCAGCCAGCUGCCGGCACCAAGAUGUGUGAGCAGGCUCUGGGCAAAGCUUGCGGCGGGGAUUCUAAGAAGAAGCGACCGCAGCAGCCCCCCGAAGAGCCGCAAGCGCCGCAGCCCCAGACGCAGGUGCAGCCGGCGGCCCAGCAUCACCAUCACCACCACUCGCACUCGGGGCCCGAGAUCUCGCGGAUUAUCGUCGACCCCACGACGGGGAAGCGCUACUGCCGGGGCAAAGUGCUGGGAAAGGGUGGCUUUGCGAAAUGUUACGAGAUGACGGAUUUGACAAAUAACAAAGUCUACGCUGCAAAAAUUAUUCCUCACAGCAGAGUAGCUAAGCCUCAUCAGAGGGAAAAGAUUGACAAAGAAAUAGAGCUUCACAGAAUUCUUCACCACAAGCAUGUAGUGCAGUUCUACCACUACUUUGAGGACAAAGAGAACAUUUACAUUCUCUUGGAAUACUGCAGUAGGAGGUCCAUGGCUCAUAUUUUGAAAGCAAGAAAGGUGUUAACAGAGCCGGAAGUCCGAUACUAUCUCAGGCAGAUUGUGUCUGGGCUAAAGUACCUUCAUGAACAAGAAAUCUUGCACAGAGAUCUCAAACUAGGGAAUUUUUUUAUUAAUGAAGCCAUGGAACUGAAAGUUGGGGACUUCGGUUUGGCAGCCAGGCUGGAACCCUUGGAACACAGAAGGAGAACAAUAUGUGGUACCCCAAAUUAUCUCUCUCCUGAGGUCCUCAAUAAACAAGGACACGGCUGUGAAUCAGACAUCUGGGCUUUAGGCUGCGUAAUGUAUACAAUGUUACUAGGAAGGCCUCCAUUUGAAACUACGAAUCUGAAAGAAACUUACAGGUGCAUAAGAGAAGCAAGGUAUACAAUGCCAUCUUCGCUGCUGGCUCCUGCCAAGCACUUAAUAGCUAGCAUGUUGUCCAAAAACCCAGAGGAUCGUCCCAGUUUGGAUGACAUCAUUCGACAUGACUUUUUCCUGCAGGGCUUCACUCCGGACAGACUUUCUUCUAGCUGUUGUCAUACAGUUCCAGAUUUCCACUUGUCAAGCCCAGCUAAGAAUUUCUUUAAGAAAGCAGCUGCUGCUCUCUUUGGUGGCAAAAAAGACAAAGCAAGAUACAUUGACACACAUAAUAGAGUGUCUAAAGAAGAUGAAGAAAUAUACAAGCUUAGGCAUGAUUUGAAAAAGACUUCAAUAACUCAACAACCCAGCAAACACAGGACAGAUGAGGAGCUCCAGCCACCUGCCACUACAGUUGCCAGAUCUGGAACACCUGCAGUAGAAAACAAACAGCAGAUUGGGGAUGCUAUUCGAAUGAUAGUCAGAGGGACUCUCGGCAGUUGUAGCAGUAGCAGUGAAUGCCUUGAAGACAGUACUAUGGGAAGCGUUGCAGACACAGUGGCCAGGGUUCUUCGGGGAUGUCUAGAGAACAUGCCAGAAGCUGACUCCAUUCCCAAAGAGCAGCUGAGUACAUCGUUUCAGUGGGUGACCAAAUGGGUCGAUUACUCUAACAAGUACGGCUUUGGGUACCAGCUCUCAGACCACACUGUCGGGGUCCUUUUCAACAAUGGUGCUCACAUGAGCCUCCUUCCAGACAAAAAAACAGUUCACUAUUAUGCAGAGCUUGGCCAAUGCUCUGUCUUCCCAGCAACUGAUGCCCCGGAGCAAUUUAUUAGUCAAGUGACGGUGCUGAAAUACUUUUCCCAUUACAUGGAGGAGAACCUCAUGGAUGGAGGAGAUCUACCUAGUGUUACUGAUACUCGAAGACCUCGGCUCUACCUCCUUCAGUGGCUGAAAUCUGAUAAGGCCCUAAUGAUGCUCUUCAAUGAUGGCACGUUUCAGGUGAAUUUCUACCAUGAUCAUACGAAAAUAAUCAUCUGUAGCCAAAAUGAAGAAUACCUUCUCACUUACAUCAACGAGGACAGGAUAUCUACAACAUUCAGACUGACAACUCUGCUGAUGUCUGGCUGUUCAUUGGAAUUAAAAAAUCGAAUGGAAUAUGCCCUGAACAUGCUCCUACAGAGAUGUAACUAAAAGACUUUUUGAAUGGACCCUAUGGGACUCCUCUUUUCCACUGUGAGAUCUACAGGGAAGCCAGAGAAUGAUCUAGAGCAUGUUGAAGAUGGACAGUGGUGGUACGAAAACAAUUCCUCGGUGUCCUGCUGGACGGGAUGGAACCAGACCAGGCUGAGGCAUGCAGCUCUUGACUUUGGACAAUCUUGUGUGAACCAGAGUGCAGUUUUCCUCGAGAUACCUGUUUUAAAAGGCUUUUCGGACAAUAUUGCAGAAAGGUGCAUUGACUCUUAACUUCUCUCUGUUGAGAGCGUUUCAGCCAGAGGACUCGGAACUGUGAAUCUACUUCCUAGAGGGGAGGGAGAAGGGAGGAAGCUCCCAUGUUGUUUAAAGGCUGUAAUUGGAGCAGCUUUUGGCUGCUUAACUGUGAACUAUGGCCAUAUAUAAUGUUUUUUUUGUUAAUUUUUGCAGACACUUGUGGCUGGAAAAGUGCAUUCCUUGUUAAUAAACUUUUUAUUUAUUACAGCCCAAAGAGCAGUAUUUAUUAUCAAUUUUUUUUAUGUUGACCAUUUUAAACUGUUGGCAAUAAAGAGUAUGAAAAAGCAGAAA